CGACCGCCACGGACGAGCGCGGCUUGCCACUGUCUGCGCGGCGCCCAUACGCCACCGCCGCCGCUCUCACAAGUCGUAGAGAGAUAGAGUCGGCUAUCGCGCGUCGACACCCGCUCGCUCCGCGCCAUGAUGACCCCAUCCAGCAUCGCCGGCAGCUUCGGCGGCGCCAUCAACAUGACCGCCAGCAGCAUCCCGCCCGCCUGGAACACGCAGCCGCCCGCGGGCCGCUCGGCCACCGUCACGCUGCAGCAGCUCAGCGGCUUCAGCAUGCGCAACCUCAGCGUCCACGGCACCAGCGGCGGCUCGCUGCUCAACGUCUACUUCAAGCUAGUGGUGGACGGCCGCGUGGUGUACGAGAGCGAGGUGGCGCGCAACACGCUGAACCCCGUGUGGGUGCCCUUCCAGUCCGAGGACGACGACGAGGACGGCGGACUUGCGGGCGUCGAGACGCUGCUCAGCGGCGGCACCAGGUUCGACAUCGUCGUGGUGCGCGUGCACGACCGGAAGACGGCCAAGCGGCCGCGCCGCAAGUCGCGCUCCAUGAGCGACCGCCUGUCGUUCGGAGACGACGCGCCCAUCAACAACUCGCGGUGCUUCGCCGACGCCAAAAACAGUUUCGACGAGGCCGAUGACUCCGGGGCCAAUGACGCCAUGACGGACACCGAAACGCCGAGCCACGCGAGCAGCUCGAACGGGAGCGCGGCGAACGACGUGUUUGAAGAGGACAUUCUGAGCCUCAGCUUCGGCGUGCGGGAGCUUGAGCCGCUGCCCGUAGCGCUGACGGACCUCUCGAACCUGCCGCUGAACACUUGUCUGUUUGAGUUUUCGGGCCACAUUUACGUGCAUCGCAUGGUACUGGAGCUUCUGGCUGAAAGUGGGGUUAUUGCGCCGAAACACUCGAGGAGGAAAGGCUCGGUCAUCCCCCUCAAGGACUACAGCUUGCACGAAGGCGUGGACGCGCUGGAAAAGAUUUUGACGACAAGACAAAAGAUCGCGGAGUUGACGAAGACGAACGCCGAGAUGAAGGAGCGGAUCCGCAACAAACUGCUGCACUCGCAGCAACGCAUCGCCAGAGAACAACAGCGGGCGGCACUGGAGGAGCGCGUUCGCCUCGCGCGAGCACAAGUAGCAGACGAACGACACACGCUGGAGCGGCUACGGAACGUUAUGCAGGACGAGCGCAGAACAUUUGAGACGGACAUCCACAUCCCGAAGGCGCUGCUGAGUACCAUGCAGAUGAGCGUGCGCUACAAGGAAGAGCGCCAGAAUAUCCUCGAUCGCCGGUGCGAGGUCCUGCGAGCUGCCCACAAGAUCCGAUCUCGACAGGCCGUGCUCGUAAGGCAGCUCGGCACCGUGUACCCCAUCGAGUACGUAGGUGCCGGAGAGUACAGCAUCCGCGGCAUUCGCAUCGCCAACUCGGACCUCACAGGAGGCGGCAGGACCGACGAAGAGAUGAUCUCCACGGCUCUGGGCUAUAUUGCCCACCUGGUAUUCAUGCUGAGCAAGUAUCUCCAGGUGAACCUCCGCUACCGCGUGGUGCCGUACUCGUCGCGGUCAUUCCUCAAGGACGAGAUCAACGACCCUCAAGGCGAGUACCCUCUGUACAAGAAGGGCGCCGAUAAAGACCGCCACGAGAAAGCCAUCCGCUUUCUUCGCAGGAACGUGCAGCAGCUUCUGUUCUCACGUAGCUUGGACCCAACACAAGAUUCACCCAUUCUGGCCCAACUAAAGUCGCUCGCAGAUUCGGAGAGCGCGUGGCUUGCAAAUGAUCGCACAUUGAGCAACAACACGAGCAGUGUCAACGGCGCCGAGGCGAGCGCCAUCGUGCCCAGAUAGGCUAUUUACAAGAAGAAAAGAGUGCUGAGCAGAGAAGAAUGUCCAAACGCCGGGGGAUCGGCAAAUUGACCACUUGAAGAAUAGUGGGCGUAAUACUAGUUAGACGCUUUUUCCAUUGC